AUGGCAAGCGUGUCGCCGAGCAAGGAGGUGCGCGACGAGGCAAACAAGUGUGUCGUUGAGCUCGAGACUUUCGCAAUCGAUAACUUUGAAUCGAACCGGAAGCUGUACUCAGCGCUGAAGGAAGUGUGUGCCGCGCCGGCGUAUAAAGCUGAGUAUGCGAACGGGAAGGCGCCACGUGAGUGCACGUACUGGAUGGAGGAGCAGCUUGCCGACUACCGCCGCAAGGGAAUGGAGCUGCCGGAGGAAGAGUUCCAGAAGGUUGUGCAGCUGCAGAAGGAACUCGCGUCACUUUGCACGGUGUUUCAACAGAACAUCAGCGAGGACAAGACGGAGGUGUAUUUCUCGAUGGAUGCACUAAAGGGUGUACCGGAGAGCGUUCUGUCGGGACUCCCGCGCACAGAGGCUGGUGAGUGCACGCUAAAGAUGGACUACCCAACUUACCACGCCGUGAUGAAGAACUGCGAGGUGGCGUCAACGCGCCAGGUAAUGGCGCGCGCCUUCACAAAUCGCGCGUACCCUGCGAACGACAAGGUGCUGAGAGACAUCAUCGAAAAGCGCCACCAGCUCGCAGUCAUCCUCGGCUACCCGUCCUUCGCGCAUCUGUACAUCUCGGACAAGAUGGCGAAGACGCCGGAAACGGCGCAGGUGUUUGUGGACGAGCUGAUUCCGAAGGUGCAGAAGAAGUGGGCGGCCGAGGCGGAGCUGCUCAAGAAGCACCUGCACCCCAGUUGCUCGCUAUCGCCAGCAGGCGAAGUCCAGGCGUACGACGUCCCCUUUAUGAUCAACCAAAUCAAGAAGACGUUGCUGAAUGUGAGCGAAACGGAAAUCCAGGAGUACUUCCCGAUGGACGCGACGGUGAAAGCGCUAUUCGAUAUCUACCAGUCCUUCUUCGACGUGACGUUCCUGCAGGUGGACAACGGGUCAGCGCUUUGGCACAGCGACACAAAGACGCUGGUGGUAAAGGACAACAAAAGCGGCUGCGUGCUGGGCUAUAUCAUCCUUGAUCUGUUCCCUCGCGAAGGCAAGUACUCACACGCGUGCUGCCACUCGGUGGUGCCACCUGUGCUGCUCAACGAAGGCGGAAACGACUUCUCUCCAGCACUGGCCGUUGUCAUCGCGAACUUCCCAGCAGCCACGGCCGAGCGCCCGGCGCUGUUUCUGCACGACGACGUCGAGACCUUCUUCCAUGAGUUUGGCCACGCCAUUCAUUCCCUGAUGGGGAGGACACGUAUGGCCACCUUUGCAGGCACGCACGUGAAGCGUGACUUCGUAGAACUUCCCUCCCAGAUGCUCGAGGAGUGGCUGUGGGAACCGGAGAUUCUGCAGAGCAUCACGAGUCAUUACAAGACGAAGGAGGCGCUGCCACGUGCAUUGAUUGACGCCAAGGUAGCAUCGAAGAACGCGUUCAGUGGACGGGACACGCUGCGGCAGCUGCAGUUUGCGACGUAUUCGUUGCAAAUUUUUGGACUGCCGUUCUCGACGCAGCCGCACGACGACCUCAACACUACGCAGCUCUUCUACGACAUAGAGCCACGUGUGAUGCCCGGUCUGAGCUACGACCAUAACACGCAUUUCGAGAGCGCGUUCGGCCACCUGACAGGCUACGCUGCCGGCUACUACGGGUACAUGUGGUCGAAGGUGUUUGCCUUAGACUUAUUCGAGUACAUUCGCUCACGAAACGGACUCCUCGACCCAAAGAUGGGCCGGCACUACAUAAACUGCAUCAUCGGUGUCGGCGGCAGCCAGGACCCGAACGACAUGCUCACCAAGUUUCUCGGUCGCGAGCCGAACAAUGAGGCAUUCCUGCGCAACAUUGGUGUCUAA